UGAUGAAUAAACCAACUCUUGCUCGUUUACUUGGACUUUUCAGUCCUUGCACACCGGAGAGUUUUUCAAUUCCAUUUACUUCUCCGAUUCCUUCAUUUUUCAAAUCACUUUCCUAAGCGAAAUUGUUUUCCCACAUUCUCUUCUCCCUAAAUUUUCUUUCUUUCUCGUUUUCCAAGUUCGGAAUCUCAAUCAGACUAUGUCUCAUGUCUGAUCAUUGCAAUUCUUGCGCUUGAUUUCGAAUCGACCUUCAAAUUUUAGGGUUUUAGAUCUUAAAUCGGGAUCUGUGACUUCAGUUCCGAUUUCCUGGUUUUCACUAAUGGAGAAGACCAAUUCGUUUAAGUAUCAGACGCAAGAAACCAAUUCGCAGCAUCCAUGGACUGGAGAUUUUGGAUUCGGUGCAAAUGAUCGUAGGUACACUUAUUGGCGGCAGUCUUCAUUUCAUCAGCAAUCUGGAGAGCCACACACUCCGAUUUCUGUUAUUUCGGAUGAUACGGCAAGGCCUCUGCUUUCGCGCACUGUUUCGAGUAUAGACGUCCCGCCGGAGAUUUUCUCCGACGACUACGAAAGGGAAAGCACUUACGAGGAGGCAAAAGACUCCAUGAAAGAGAAGAAGACAUUAUCAGUUUUGUAUUCGGUGAUAUCGAUAUUUAGAGUUGCAAGGUCCGGGAAUAGGCAAAUGAAGAGGCUUUUUAUGAUGAUUUCGCUCAAUGUUGCGUAUUCUACUGCGGAAUUGGGAAUUGGGCUCUUCACGGGGCGUGUUGGUUUGGUAUCUGAUGCAUUUCAUCUGACAUUUGGUUGUGGUCUCUUAACGUUUUCUUUAUUUGCCAUGGCUGCUUCUCGGGGAAAGCCUGAUCGUGUGUACACUUACGGGUACAAAAGGCUUGAAGUUUUGGCUGCUUUCACUAAUGCUCUGUUUCUUUUGUUCAUGUCUUUUUCAUUAGCAGUGGAGGCACUUCAUGCAUUCAUACAAGAAGAAUCUGAGCACAAGCAUUAUUUGAUUGUUUCAGCAGUUACAAAUUUAUUCGUAAAUCUUAUUGGUGUUUGGUACUUCAGGAACUAUGCUCGUGUUAAUCUUGUCUACAGAAAAGCAGAAGAUAUGAAUUACCACUCAGUUUGCUUGCAUGUCCUUGCUGAUUCCAUUCGUAGUGCAGGUUUGAUAUUGGCAUCCUGGUUUCUGUCCCUCGGGGUUGAGAAUGCUGAAGUCUUAUGUUUGGGACUAGUUUCAGUUGCAGUUUUUAUGCUUGUCAUGCCACUCUUUAAAUCUACUGCUGGCGUCUUACUUCAAAUGGCUCCACCUAGCAUUCAUUCUUCAGCAUUGAACAAAUGCCUAAGACAGGUGAGAUGCAAGUUACUGCUCGUGAAGAUGUUAGUGAAGUGUCUCAAGCUCGUUUCUGGGAAUUGGUGCCUGGUCAUGUUGUUGGUUCACUUUCAGUUCAGGUGAAGAAAGGGAUGGAUGAUCGACCAACAUUGCAGUUUUUGCAUGGUUUAUAUCAUGAUUUGGGCAUACAGGAUCUUACAGUGCAGACUAAUUAUGAUGAUUAAGGCCCCCCAUUUUUGUAUGAGUCGCUAAGAACAAGCUUUAGAUUGAUUGAAAUCCAUCAUUUGGAAUUUUUUAUUUUUAUUUUUUUAAAAUCUUCCAUUAGAAAGAGGGCUAUUACCGAUAUUUUAACUCUGUUCUAAUUCAAUAAUCAUGAUUCGAUUUGAAUUUUCCGAAGAA